GGCACUCUGCGGGAGGCAGGAGGCAGGAGGCAGGGAGGGACACGGCGGCGGCCCUCCUGGUCCAUCCUGUCCCAACGUCCCGCCCCGUCCCGCCCCUCGGCAUGCGGGGCCCGCCGCUGCCUCCAAACUUUCUAUGCUGCCCCAUCGCCUGGGAGGAGAGAAGCGCCGCGGGCAUGUAUGAAUGGGAGAGUAGAGCAGUCACUCAGCUUUGGCUUUACCCUCAGCGGCAACCAGUGGUGUUUCUUCUGUGAGCCCACUGUGCACUGACAUUUUCUUAGUAUUUUCAGAGGUCAAGCCAUGGAGCCUCCAGGGACAGCGCUAUUGCUACUGAAAGGAUGGGGCCCCUGGAAGCAAUUGGUGAAGAAAACCAGACAGAUGAAAUGAAGAUGGAGUUGUUCACCAAGCUGUAUUUGCCAAGAUACACCACACCAGUCAGUGAACUGGCUCUUGACCCCAAACCAGAAUUGAAGGACAGCACAACUCUAGUUGAGGUGCAGAUAAUCCUCAUCUUUGCUUACUGUUCCAUUAUUCUGUUGGGGGUGAUCGGGAACUCUCUUGUGAUCCACGUGAUCAUCAAGUUCAAAAGCAUGCGUACAGUGACCAACUUCUUCAUCGCCAACCUGGCUGUGGCUGAUCUGCUGGUGAAUACAUUGUGCUUGCCUUUCACUCUAGUUUACACACUAUUGGGUGAGUGGAAACUGGGCCCGGUUUUGUGCCACUUGGUGCCUUAUGCCCAAGCUCUUGCUGUGCAUGUGUCUACUGUUACAUUGACUGUGAUUGCCUUGGAUCGACAUCGUUGUAUUGUCUAUCACUUGGAAAGCAAAAUCUCUAAGCGUAUCAGCUUCCUGAUUAUAGGAGUUGCAUGGGCAGUCAGUGCCCUGUUAGCAAGCCCUUUGGCUAUCUUCCGCGAGUACUCGCUGAUUGAGAUCAUUCCUGACUUCAAGAUUGUGGUUUGCUCUGAGAAGUGGCCAGGGGAGGGGCAGCUUAACUACGGCACCAUCUACAGUGUCUCCAUGCUCCUGAUCCAGUAUGUACUACCUCUGGCCAUCAUCUCCUAUGCCUACACCCGCAUAUGGACCAAGCUUAAGAACCAUGUUAGUCCUGGGGCAGGGAACGACCACUACCACCACCGGCGUCAGAAAACCACCAAGAUGCUGGUUUGCGUGGUUGUUGUGUUUGCUGUCAGUUGGCUUCCAUUCCAUGCCUUCCAGCUAGUCAGUGAUAUUGACAGUCAGGUGUUGGACCUGAAAGAGUAUAAACUGAUCUACACGGUGUUUCAUGUCAUUGCCAUGUGCUCAACAUUUGCUAACCCCCUUCUCUAUGGCUGGAUGAAUAACAACUACAGGACGGCCUUCCUCACAGCUUUUCAGUGUGAGCAGCGGCUAGACUCCAUCCACCCUGAAGUGUCAGCAGCUUUCAAAGCCAGGAAGAAACUGGAAGCAAAGAAGAGCCAGUUCCCUGGAGAUUCUUUCACACAACCUACCAAUGUCUAAGAUUUCUGACUUUAAAGAAGAAAUGCACAUGUUGUGGGCAAAGGAAUAAAUCCAUUCUGACACAUGCAUUUUUAAUGCAUAGUUUUACUCAUAGAAGGUGAAAGAAAAGUAGUAGGGAAGUCAAGGUAGGUGAUGUGAUUUGAGGGGAGUAGGUUGGCACCGUAAGGAUGUGACUACACAACUCCAAGGAAAUAAGAGAGAUAUUUUGUUUGUAGUUGUCUAUAACUUGUUAAGAAACAACCCAUCUCUCCCAUCCCUACUUGACAAGUCUAAAUGGCAAAGGCAGAGUUUGCUGCUUUGGCUAUAGGAAGGUAAAUGGAUGUUUUGUAGCACAGGAAUACUGCUGACGGCUGAAGGCAACUUGUAUAUUGCAUGUAGAGACCAGGCAGAAUAGAAGUCUCCUGGAAGAGUGAAGCCUGUCUGGGGAAAAUGGGCUGUGCUGGUUAAAGCUCAAACCUUCCAGCCACUUUUUCUCCCACAGGGACCUUUUGUGGAGAUAAGGAAAAUGAAAAGAGAGAUACGGUACUGUUUUUGAUUUGCACUGAAGCACUUCAAACCAGAAUAUUCUGAAUGGAUUAGGGGAAAGAAAAAGGGAAAAGGAAAAAAUACCAAAUUUGAUAUGAAGAAAGGUAGAGGUGGAUUGGGGUUAAUCAAAUGGGGUCAAAAGUCAUUCCUUAUGAAUUGGCUAUGGUUAUGUUGGUGAGAAAAAUUGCAAGCCUAGGAUCUCAUCACUAAUUCUCUGCAGAUCCCUACUUUUAAUUCCACGUUUGGAAGAGCUCAUAAACACAUAGCUUUAAAGUGGCAUUUGAGGGAGGAGACGCAGGCUCAGGUCUUUUAUGAGCAUUUCAUAACCUGCCAAUAUUUUAAUUUUCAAGACCUGCUUAAAUGUCUGACGUGUUGUUAACUCCACAGGCUUUGAAUUGUUGCUGCUUUUUCCCUGCAUAAUAAAACAGCAGAUAAUUUUUAUCUUCUGGAAAAGCUGCUAGAUGGUAAUGUACUUUUCCUUAUUGUGGUUUUAUGUCACACACUCAUCUCAUCUUGGAGCAUUUUCCAUCUUUAGCUUUAGUAAAGAUUAAGAGCAUCUGAAUGAGUGUAACUUAAUAACAAUAUGCUACGUUUAUGCGAUAACUUAUCAGUUAUUCUGCAUGCAGUAGUUAAUAGUUAAAUUCCUUUUUUGCUCAGGUAUAAAAUUUUAAUUUGUUUACUGUGCUGUACGCAGCAAUGUUCAACUUUUCUGUGUCUUUGUUUAGCCUCUUUGAACUCAUUAAGUAGACAAAGAAAAUUUCUAUCCGUACUUAUUCCAGGCUGCCCUGCUGCUUAUCAAGAAUAAAAAUAAGCGUGAUCGUUUCACUUGGAGUCUCUUUCCACAGCUACACUUCAGCUGCCUCUUCCCCCUCCCCCCCCCCAAUUUUCUGUGUUCCUAAAUUUGCUGUGUUCUCUCUUAGAAAUUUUAAAACAUCAGAAUUCCAGUACUGAAGCAGAAUCAGAUAUUUAUCAAAUGGAGAAAUUCAGCUUUAUGUAUGCAAUAUCUUGCCACCAUUCUUUAAAAAUCCAUGAAUCAUUUGGACUUGGCUUUUUCAUGAACAGAGGAGGGAGGUCUAGAGAAUAAGCUAGUGUUUACUCCAGGAAGAAAAGGUAUCCAUCAUUAUUAAACAGUUAUACAAAAACAGAUUAAUUCUCAAACAUGUGCUUUCAUGAUAUUGUCCACAAGUUGUUUUUGUCUAAGUAUUAAUGAUAUCCAAAAUGUAAGCUUGAAACAUUUAUUGCUGUGAAAGGAUUACAGAAGCGUGCAAUUAUUAAGGACAUCCAUCACAUGUCUCAAUUGAUUCUGAACACUUUAUCGAAGAAGUAUUCUUUCCACAAACAGUAUCCUCUAUUUAAAAAACAAAUACUCUUCCCCCACCUCUGGUUAAAAGUUGUUUCAGCUCUUUUAUGCCUUUUUGAGGGUGAUUAGAUAUACAGAGUUCUGAAGUAACCACAACAGUGUCUGCUAAAGUUAUAAGUAAGUGCUGGGCUAAAUCUCAAAAACGUUAAGGCUGCUUUACAUCAUCCUGGAUGAAAGUGAUUAAUUAGAAAUUACCUUUCAUUCUAUUUUAUGGCAUCAUUAUGAGCUUUCCCUGCAGCCAUUGUGUUGUGGCAAAGUUGAUGCACUAAUUUCUCACAUUGUUUUCCACUUGGUGCACUAAUUUCUCACUGUGCUUUCUGUGUGGAGAAAAGCACUGCAUUGAUACCUGCUGUGGGAUGACAGACCUCCACACAGUAUUUCACCAUGUGGUGUGGACUCCACAUCUGCCACAGUGGGGUUCACCGUAGAAUCCCUUUGUGUUGUAGGAACAUUAGAGAUUUUCUCACCAAAAGCAAUUGGGUAGCAGCAUCCCUCAGAGUUUCUGCAAAUCUCAGCUGUCAGAAGGAUGUGGAGAACCAGGGUUAGUCCUCAUUCCUUUCUAAGGGAAAAGGAAUCUAAGCACGAGAUUGAGGAGUCUGCAGAGGAUUCUCUGUUAUUCUUGAGGUGGUUUGCUUGAAAUAGGAAUCCAGAUCUCCCCAUUCACACAAUAGUGCUUAAAUUAAUUUUUAAAAGGCACUAUCUCCUUUUCCCAUUGAAUAAGUACAAGUUUUAUACAAAGCCAAGCAAUGCUAGCAGCAGUACUCAUUUAAGAAUUUGCAAGGAAGAGAUGGGACACCUAAAAUGAAAUGUCAUCUCUGAUCAGAGCAAGAAUUUGAGCUGACAUGCCUCAGUUCUCAGGAGAAUGAUGUAGCCACCAAACUGCAGCCUCUCCUGAGGUAGUAGCAUAUAUCUUCUUAGAGAUGUCUUAUUUUAUACAAAGCAAUUCAACAUCUAAUAUGAUUUUAUAGGUGAGUAGUUAUGAAGUUUGCAUGGUACCUGGGUUACAAGCCAAGGAUAUGAAAACAAAGACAGUAUUUAAGUUACACCCCAACUCUGUUCUUCAUGAGUACUUCUACCAUGAGGCACUGCAUUGUAGGCAGGAGGACAGCAAGGCAAGCAGAACCGUGCUAACCUCUGGGUGGGUCUUACUUGAGAUUCUCCUUUGGGGCUGGCUUAUGGAAGGGAGUCCUACCAACCACGUGGAUCUCAUUCAGUGUUACCUAGGGUCUUAGUUACUCAGCACUGUGCUUUAGGCCUCCGUGAGAAUGAGCAUCUCCGCAUAGCUUAGCCACAGCAGAAUUGAGAAGAAAGCACCUCAACAGGAAUUUCAGAAGAAUUAAGUUCAGGUGUAUAAGCAAUUGAAACAGAAGGGCUGGGCUUGCACGACAAAUGGGUUAGUAUACAUACGUUUCAGUAUGUAGACUGUACAAAAGAGCCGUGUAAAAGAUGUUUGUGGGGAAUAAUUGACAGCUGCCCCACAGUUGGUAUAAUUGUGUCUUGGAUAUAAUGUGUAAUGGACAUCCAUUGCCAAAAUGUUAAUAACACUAACAUUAAUAACCAAAUAAAAACUAUUAUCUGCUUUUUAUCUGUCAGUCCUCAAAAGAACUACAGAAUUUUCAGAUUAAUAUAAUCCAUUUCCUUGCUUCAUAGUUUCUAAAUUCCCUCGAGGACUUUUCUUAUGUUAAUCCAGAUUGACCUUAAGGGAUAAAUUUUGUCUUUGAAUCCCUGUGUUAUUUACCUGGUACUAUUAUUAUGAAUGCCACUCCACAAUACGAGAGCUGCUUUGUGGCAAAUUAAAGGUUCGUUGACCUAAGAAGCUCAGAGACAUAUGUAAAUCCAUUCAAGGUCAGUGGUGUAGAAGAGCCAUGUUUUUAAUACUACAUCAAAAAUGCUUAUUUGUGUAAUCAGUAGUGUUUUUCAUACCUUCUCUUCAUGUUUUGAAAAUAUUAAACUAGGUAUUAUUUAAAAAGGAAAUUAUACAAAAGUGGUGAGGAACUCUGAAGCUGAACUUAGAAAGCCUGAGAAUGAAUGGCCACCUCUAGGAGCAGAAAAGAGACACAAGCAGGGUCAGUAGGAUCAUCAUUGACUUACAGACUUUCUUCCUCUCCUUCAUAUGGGCAGUGAGAAACGUGUUGCAAUGAAACCAGGGCAAAUGAAAACACCCAUCAAUUGUAUGCACAGAGCAAAAUGUUGCCCAGGGAAACUGAGGAACCGCGAGGGGAAAUUCCUGUGAUAAUCUAAGCCUUAAAGUUUGUGUCAUGUUCUCAGGCAAGAAAAUCUGUACCUGUACAUUAUUUUACCUAGAUGCAGAAUAAGUAAACAGCUCUGUACUGUUAAUGUGCCAGUAGACAGGAUGAAUAAUGCAUACAUAUCCCUUAUAAGGCUCAUUUCAGAUGGGAUAUAUGAAGAAAUUAUUGUUUGUGCUUUCCUAUCUCAGACUUUGCUGAGUUCCUCUGAAAGGAAGAGAGCUUCAAGCUAUAAAAAUUAAAGAUUGUGGAAUUACGUCUGGUGAUGUAGGCAUAAUUUAGUUUGAAAAAAGAACCAACAACUAAAUAUAUAUACACUGAUGGUACUGCAUAGGAGAAACAGACUAUUAUUUCCUCUUGGACCAAGAAUUUGCACAACUGGACUUUAUAUGAAACAGACAUACUUGUGUGCUUCACAGCUCUCAAGGAAUACUCUAAUAAACCUACACUACAUGACUUUUUCAAUAGCAGAAUCUAUAUUUAAACAUACUUGGGGGCAAAUUAUUUCUAAGCCUUAAAGGCUGCACACAAAAAUAAAGGUUUACAACAAUUCCCUUUUUACUGCUGUCCUCUAACAUUAGAGCUGUUACUACUCAACCACAUCUCAAUUAGCAGCACUGUGACUUUUGAAUUUACUUGAGGUAACCAAGCUGGUGAAGCUGGGAUCAGUUUGCUUGGGCUGGUGGCACUGCAGCCAUGGCAGAGCUGCCCCAGGGCUGACUCAUCCCAUUAGCUUAGGGCUAGCCCCGGUACCUCUUACAGACUCUAGCACUGAUGUGCCUGCAGCUCCAAAUGCAGUGGCUGCUUCGUGAUACAUGACCAGAGUGUGAAAGCUGCUCCUUCAGCAGCACUGGUCUUCCCCAUGCUCUCAUCAGCAGUCUUAUUCAUAGCAGAAAGAAACUGGCAGCAAGAUCCACCGGGGAGAAUAUUUUACACAUAAGAAGUGGUCAUGUUCUUGUCCUGAAAAAUGCACCGUCUGACCAAGGGUGAUGCCAAAAUAGAAACACUUUAAUGCAGAGCUGGAAGCAGCCAUGCUGGGAUAGGAACGUGCAGCAGCAUGAUCCCUCCUCCCUUGGCUACCACAGCAUGGAGCAUCUGCUGUGGGAGGCACUGCUAAUGGGAGGGGAUAAAAUAAACUUCGUACUCCAGAGAAGCUGCCUCCAUUUAAACCUGGUAUUCCAGUGUCAGAUUUAUCUCAUGGGACGCUACAGUACAAUAUAUAUAUACAGUUAUUUAUAUAUUAUAUAAAUAUAUGUAUAUUAUAUAAAAAAUUAAAAAUUACA